GCAUGGCCACAAAACUACCCUUUCGAGAAGAAUGCGACAACUGGACAUCUUUCCAAGUUGCAGAUCUGCUGAGACAGUGUGGGAUGUACGACUGUGCCAAGACUGUGGAAAAAUUAAACAUAGAUGGAGCUCAGUUUUUGAGUUUAUCAGAGUAUGAGAUGAACAGAUUCAGUAUAAUGGACCAGCCGCAACUUCAAAAGAUAGUGCAUGACAUCAAGAAAAAUGAUAGUGGAAUAAUGAGCAAGUUCAAAAAGUUCCAAAAUGAGCAAGUGGCCUUAAUAUGCAAAACUGGAAAAAAUACUUGGGAUCGGCUGACAAGUAAACCGCCACCAAGUGUACCACCAGUAGAUUAUGUACCAGAGCCUGGAGAGGACGAGGAUCAGUGGUCAGAUGAAUUUGAUAACAGUGAUUAUGAGAAUCCUGAUGAUCCUGAUUCAGACACAUACGUGGUUCCCAAUGGAGACAAUGGCGAUGACAGCUAUGAGCCCCCUCCAAGUGAGAAGGAAAACAAGAAGAUUCCUGCAGCAUUCUCAAUUUCCAGAGGAGAAUACGCAGACAAUCGGUCUAGCCAACAGCAGCCUCGGCCCAUUGCUAAGCCGCUACCUACUCUGCCGGGUCAACCGUCAUCUAAACCAAAGACGCUGGCCUCUUUGCCACCUCCGACUCUCGCUCUGAAGCCACAAAUCCCUCUGAAACAACAGGAAUGCGCCGACAAUGAGGCAGAUUACGUUGUACCUGUUGAUGAUGAAGAGGAAGACGACAAUUACAUUGAACCUACUGAAGAAAGCCCUUCACAACCUAUAAAACCCCCAGCGGUGAACAGAGCUAUCAAGCCCACAACGAAGCUGGAGCCUCCCAGUUCUUCAGCGCUGCCUCCUGCUCCUGUGUCACUUUCCAUGCUAGAUGUCUACGAAAUUCCUGAGGAAGAGGAAAAAUCAUCACCUUCAUUAACCGGGAUUCCCAAGCCGCUCCCCCCAAAGCCUGUUCAGAGAGCAGGAGGACCUCCUCGUGUACAUAACACAGCCAAAGAAUUGUCGAAGCCGGAUGUGUCCAGAAACUUUCUGCCUCUCCCUAGAAACCGUCCUCAGCUCAAAGCCGAUCCUGACAGCUUUGAAAUGCAAAGUGAGGAAAGUCACAACAGCAAUGGAACUCAAGAAUCCAAGUUUCCUUCUGUCGUGAUACCAUCUCCAUUUCCAAGGAUCACGAAAAAAACACCAAAUCCAGCCAUCCCCUCAAAACCAAGCCUGCCUAGUAGAGACCACCUAACUAUGAAUGAAGAUAAACCGAUACCAGCUGAACGUCGCCGGGGUUCCAACCAAGAUCUUCCUCUUCCACCAAUCCCAUCUAAUCUCCACAAACCACUACCACAAAAGCCACCUCUCUCUCUAAGAUCACCGGAUCCCCUGAAUUGCAGCUUAGCUACCCCAUGCUAUAGCAUUUCUAAUACAACAGAACAGGACCCUAGCAUUCACGGUAGAGCAUGGUAUAUGGCUUCCAGUGAUCGAAAAACAGCCGAGGAUGCAUUAUACAAAUCAAACAAGGAUGGAUCUUUCCUAGUAAGAAAAAGUUCUGGACAAGACUCAAAGCAACCAUAUACACUAGUUGUAUUUUACAACAAGCGAGUAUAUAACAUCCCUAUUAGAUUUAUUGAAUCAACAAGACAAUAUGCCCUAGGCAGAGAAAAAAGUGGUGAGGAGCGCUUCGACAGCGUGACAGAAAUAAUAGAAAAUCAUCAACGAAAUUCCCUCGUUCUCAUUGACAGUCAAAACAAUACCAAAGACUCUACCAAACUAAAAUUUAUUACCAGAGUUUGA